AGGCAAGCAGCAGCAUGUCGUGUUGCCUGCAAUAGCCUUCGUUCCUCACCUUCCUCCCCCUUAUUCCUUCUCUUCUCCUCCUCCUCUACCUCCUCCUCCUCGCCGCCCUCUACCACGCCCUCCUCCUGCUACCUCACCCACCGUUCCUCCUCUAACUCUCUGGUCUCCGUCGCAGGCCUAGCAUGGAUCCGCUACUCGAAAUUGGCGGUCCGGAGCCGGCCUCCAGCACCCCGCAGUCGGUCCUGCGAACGACCCAGUUAUUAUACCCGGUUAUCCUGCUCCUGACCUUCAUCGUCUCUGCCGGUAUUCACACCGUCGUCACGUCAAAAACCGAGGAGCAGCUGGCUGCACCCACCGUCAAGGGCCCCGGCGGGAAGCCGCUACCAAUCACGAAGAGGAAGCGGGAGCAGGAAACACAAGAGGCAGACGACAAUGCUAGCGGUAGCGGCGGCUUUGCCUGGUGCGCCUUCCUGUACCUGACGGGCGCCCUUGUCAUGUCGUUCGUCGCCAAUGGCGCCGCAAUUGCCGCCCAUGCCAUGAACUCGAGCAGGGACGAGGCGCUCACUGAAGUGUGGUGGUGUGGCGAACAAAGAAUUGUCUACGUCGUCGGCUCGGCAUUUCUUUAUCUCUACGUCCUCAUCACCCUCCUCGAGUGGCGCCAAAGCCCCAUCGUUGUUCACUUCAUCGUCUGGGCCCUCGGCCUGGUGGGCGAAACUGUCAUCCUGGUCGCCUCUAUCCUCUCAUUGACGGGCGGCAACUACCUUGGCUACUUUGAAGCGGGCCCGGACAACGGCCCUGGAUCAUGGGACACCAUCGACCUCCUCAUCGCCGGCGUCCGCCUCUGCAUUCUCGUCGCCCUUAUCAGCCUAUACGCGGCCGUCACCAAGAGGCGGUUGGAGGAGCGCCGGCUCCAGGACGAGGAGGCACAGCGAUCGGAUACGGACGAGGCGAGCCCUCUGCUCAACGGCAAUGGAGAUUACCACGGUCACAGCAAUGGGCGUGCGAUGCGGCGCACCCAUUACGGCACCACGAUCGGGAAUGCCCGCCGCAACUCGGACAACCCCACCGAACAGGGCUGCCAGCAACAAGACCAGGGGGCUGCCUUCUACAGGCCCGACAAGCUUCCCCACAAGUCGUGGUUCGAAUAUUGCCGCGGAUACUCGGUCUUCUUCCCGUACCUGUGGCCUAGCAGGUCCGCCAGGCUCAAGGGUGUGGUUAUGCUGUGCUUCGUCUUGGUUGUCUUGCAGCGCGUCGUCAACAUCUUGGUGCCCGCCCAGCUCGGAAUCCUGACCGACACGUUCAAGAAGAAUGACAUCGACAAGGUGUGGAUAGAACUCGGGCUCUUGAUCCUGUACAAGCUGCUCCAGGGGCCCUCCGGCUUGUUGGGAUCCGUCCGGUCGAUCCUCUGGAUCCCCGUAUCCCAGCACACGUACCGAGCCCUGACGACGGCCGCCUUCGAGCAUGUGCACUCUCUCUCGUUGGACUUCCACCUUGGCAAGCGCACCGGCGAGGUGCUUUCGGCACUCAACAAGGGCGCUUCUAUCAACCAGUUCCUCGAACAGGUUACGUUCCAGGUGGUCCCGAUGCUGGUGGACCUUUUGGUCGCCAUCAUCUACUUUUACGUCCGCUUCGGGUCGCUGUACGCCCUCUUCGUCUCAAUCAUCACCUUCUACUACCUUUACUUGACCAUCCGCAUGGCUGCCACUAGGUCUGACCAGCGCCGCGACAUGGUCAACGCCGAUCGCGAAGAGGAAGCCGUCAAGAACGACUCCAUCAUGUCGUACGAGACGGUCAAGUACUUCAACGCCGAGAGGAGAGAGUUCGACCGCUACGGCGAUGCCAUCAAGAAGUUCCAGGAGGCCGAGGCUCAGGUCACAUACGGCAUCAACCACAUGAACAUGUGCCAGUCGGUCGUGUUCAUGUGCGGCCUGCUCGUCGCGCUGCUGACGUGCGGUUACCAGGUGUCGCGCGGUGACAGAACCGUCGGCGAUUUCGUCCUGCUUGUUACCUACCUCAACCAGCUACAGGGGCCCCUCAACUUCUUCGGCACCUUCUACCGGACCGUGCAGUCGGCGAUGAUCUCGGGCGAGAGACUGCUCGAGCUUUUCAAGAUCCAGCCGACCGUCGUCGACAAGCCCGACGUGGAACCGCUUAGGGAAUGCACCGGACACAUCAAGUGGAACGGUGUCGGCUUUUCUUACGACAAGCGCAGGACGGCCCUGCACGACUUAUCCUUCGAGUGCAAGCCGGGCACCACGACCGCAUUUGUGGGGGAGUCUGGCGGAGGCAAGUCGACUGUCUUCCGCCUCAUGUUCCGGUACUACAACUGCCGCGAGGGAAGCAUCGAGGUCGAUGGCCAUGACGUCAAAGACGUAUCGAUCGACUCAGUGCGCCGUUUCAUCGGUGUCGUACCGCAGGAUACCAUCCUGUUCAACGAGACGCUCAUGUACAACCUGAAGUACGCCAACCCGAAUGCGACCGACGAGGACGUCUUCGACGCCUGCCGUGCGGCUGCCAUCCACGACCGCAUCAUGAGCUUCCCCGACGGCUACUUUACGAAGGUCGGCGAGCGGGGUCUCCGGUUGAGCGGUGGCGAGAAGCAACGCGUUGCAAUUGCGCGGACCAUCCUGAAGAACCCCAAGAUUAUCAUGCUAGACGAGGCGACCUCGGCGCUUGACGGGGAGACGGAACAAAAGAUCCAGUCCAAGCUGAUUAGCGGAAAAUUUGGCCAGGAUCGUACACUACUAAUCAUUGCUCAUCGGUUGUCGACCAUCACCCAUGCCGACCAAAUCAUCGUCCUCCACGCCGGUACCGUGGUGGAGAGGGGCACGCACCAAGAGCUCCUGGCGCUCAAUGGCCGCUAUUCCGCCAUGUGGGAGAAGCACUGUCGCGCCGAGAAAGCAGCUGAGCACGCACGCGAUGCUACCCGAAAGGCCAAGAAGCUCCUGAGCCAGGCCAACAUCGGCGACGACGGCUACAACAGCAUGCUCUCAUCGACCAUCCUACCCACUGCCCCUCACAGUCCUGCGGCCACGGCUGCUGACGCGCAUGAAACCGCGUCGAUUUCGUCGCACACGAGCAGCACUUCCUCGAGCGGCUCCGACGGCACCCUCCAGGACGAUGCCUCGGACGGUAAUCAAGGCCAUCCCGAAAAGCCGGAUGACGGGUCCCGGCCGCUUCUCUACUCAUUCCCCUCCGAGUCAUCUGCAGGCCGCUCGACAGACGCAUCCGGAUCUCCCUGAGCCAGCUUCGGGUCGAAUCUAAUGUAGCCCAGCGCUGCCCUCCCCGCCCUUUUAUGUUUGCCCCUACCACAACAACAUCAUUCAUCAAUUGAUGUCAUUAAUUCCGGCAACACAAAACCCCAGCGAGGCAAUGCCCUCCACUUUAAU